CACACACAGGGAGAACAGAGGAGUGGUACAGUCGGCUCCGAGUAUACAACGAACGGUUUUCACGGGGUUUGGACUUAGUGCCACUGGCUUCUUCGAGUCUACAUCAUCGCCCCGUUAUUCACGCGGUGCUUGAGGCUUACCGUUUGCGGAGGAAUUUGCCCCGUCUCGAGCGCGCACAGUGUGUCUCGUGAGAGGCGCGGGAAGGCGUGACUGCGGGAAAUUUAUCGUCCUAACGGUUAUUUCACCUCACAUCACAGUUUCUGUUUUUAAUAAGUUUGGAUACCUGCAGUAAAGUUUUUUUCCACGACAACGAGGAGCUAAACCGAAUUAAACGAGCAGGUGGAGUGGAACUUACAGCGUCGAGGGAGGUAAACAAAUAGACCACUAGUAACAAGCAAACUUGAUCGGGAGAGAGAGAAAAACAGAAGGGAGAGAGAAGUGAAAGGUGUAGAAGAGGAGGAACAGGGGAGACACAGCAUGAAUGUAGCAUGGAGGUGAAGGAGCGCCGGCCUUACUGCUCCCUCUCCCGGAGCAGGAGAGAACGAGGGAGAGACGGGGAGAGGGAAGGAGAUAAAGAAGAGGGGGAGGGCUACAGGGAGGGUCCCUGUAACCGUCGUAAUGCAGCCUCAUCUUCUGUGGUUACCCAGAAGUCCUAUAGCUCCAGUGAGACGCUAAAGGCCUUUGAUCAGCACCCAUCCAGCCAGGGGCUUUAUGGGCAUCGUAUGCCAGACAUGGUGCCAAGGGAUGCAGAGGAAUACAGAACUCCAGGUCAGAGUCUUUCUUUGAGGCAGCUUGGAAUAUGUGGCCCUGCCCCUCGUCGCGGUCUAAGCUUCUGCGCGGAGACUGGACUCAGUCACCACACACAACUCAGUGGAACGGACCAUAUCCAGAAUGCAGGGGGCAUUUCUCCAGACUGCGCUUUGCUGUGGGUUAAGUCACAUGGACGGGAUUCACGGCUUUCCAGUCGGUCCAACUCUGCUUUAACCCUCACAGACACGGAGCAGGACAAUAAAUCAGACCAGGAGAAUGACCAGCGUACCAGCCAACAAGGCCCGCCUCCUCUACCACCUGCUCCACACCAACACAAGCAGCAUCCGUCAGUCACCUCCCUCAACCAAUCACUGGCCAAUCAGGCGGCGGAGCUUCAGAGCGCGUCUGAAUGUGUGCAGCUGCAGGAAAACUGGAUGCUGGGCGGCAACGUCGGAUUAGAGAACAGGCACUUCCUGUUGAAGACUGGAACAGGUACCACAUCUCUCUUCACGACGCCUAAUCCAGGUUAUACCAUGGCAACCGGGGCUGUCUACUCUCCACCAGCCCGCCCCCUAACUCGCAACCCACUAUCAAGAGGUGCAUUCAAAUUUAACAAGUCAUCUAAACGGUGUUCGUGGAAGUGCACCGCUCUUAGUGCUGUGGGCGUGGCUACCCUACUGACAAUUCUGCUCUGCUACUGUAUAGCCAUGCAUGUUCUUGGCCUAAACUGGAAACUGAAGGAUGCUGAUAAUCACGCCUUUGAGAAUGGACGAGCCAAACCAGUGGCGUUGCCGACCAACACUGUGACUGCAAUUUCUGCAGACGGAAGGCUAGGUGUGAUGCUUCAGUAUAACUCCACACUGGACACAGGACUGGUGGAGUUGGGUCAGCAGGUCACACAGGCUAUUCCACCAGCGGUCUUCUGGAGGUCCAGGCUUCUCUUUGAUGAACCUCACUUCCUCAAAUUUAACAUUUCUAUCCAGAAAAAUGCCCUGAUUGGAGUCUAUGGGAGACGAGGACUCCCACCCUCGCACACCCAGUAUGACUUUGUGGAGCUUCUGGACGGCAGUAGGCUUAUCUCACGAGAGCGUGUUCAGAUGGAUCCGGAUAUCAGGGACAGGCUGGAGGUUCCGGUCAGCAUUCAGCAAGCAGGUUUUAUACAGUACCUGCACGCUGGUGUGUGGCACCUGGCCUUUUAUAAUGAUGGCCGCACCGUAGAGCCUGUCUCAUACAACACUAUAAUACUGGAGUCAGUGAUGGAAUGCCCACACAAUUGCUAUGGCAAUGGAGAAUGUGUCUCAGGCACGUGUAAUUGCUUCCCUGGAUUUCUUGGGCCGUAUUGUUCGAGAGCGGCGUGCCCAGUACUGUGCAGCGGCAAUGGUCAUUACAAUGGGGGGCGCUGCCAGUGCUACAGCGGAUGGAAGGGGAUCGAAUGCGAUGUGCCCAGCGUUCAGUGUAUGGAUGCUCAGUGCGGGGGUCACGGCCUGUGCGUUACGGGCUCCUGCAUUUGUAACCCAGGCUACAGAGGUGACAACUGCGACCAAGUGGACUGUGUGGACCCAUCAUGUUCAGGCCGUGGUACUUGUCUACAUGGCCAGUGCCACUGUAACUCAGGCUGGACCGGAGCUAACUGUGAGACACAGCUUUCUGUCUGUCUAGAACACUGCUCUGGCCAUGGCAUGUUCCAGAGUGACACCAGCACCUGCAUCUGUGAGGUGAACUGGACUGGACCCGACUGCUCAACAGAAAUGUGUACGACGGAUUGCAGUCCUCACGGCGUAUGUGUCGGAGGUGUGUGUCGGUGUGCGGAGGGCUGGUCGGGGACAAGGUGUGAACAGGAGCUCUGUCAGUGUGGGGAGCACGGUGUGUGUCGAAAAGGAAAGUGCGAGUGUUACCAGGGUUGGACCGGCGAAAACUGCAAUAUUGCUCACUUUCUGGACAGUAGAAUAAAAGACUGGAUAGGAUAUAGAGAUAGUUGUCCAGGGCUGUGUAACAACAACGGCAGGUGCAUUUUGGACCAGAACGGAUGGCAUUGCCUCUGCCAGUCUGGAUGGAGAGGGGUCGGGUGUGAUGUCGCUAUGGAAACCCUUUGUUCUGAUGGGAAGGAUAACGAGGGGGAUGGCUUGGUGGACUGUAUGGACCCAGACUGUUGUAUUCACAACAGCUGUCAGGGUCAGACCUACUGCCGCGGAGCUCCAGACCCCAACACAAUGCAACACAGGAGCUCAUAUACCGCAGAUUCUCUGAGUUUCUAUCAACGCAUCAGUUUUCUGGUGGCGCCGGGGGGAUCCCAUAGUCUGCCAGGAGAAAACACUUUUAACAGCAGCCUGGCGUCAGUCGUGCGAGGACAGGUGGUGACCACCGACGGCACGCCACUGAUUGGGGUGAACGUGUCCCUCCUGCAUUAUCCCCAACAGGGUUAUACCAUCACCAGACAGGAUGGCAUGUUUGAUUUAUUAGUGAAUGGCGGCACGGCAUUGACGUUAAGUUUUGCACGCGCCCCAUACCCCACUGUAUAUCGCACGGUGUGGUUGUCGUGGAGAGUCUUCUACGUGAUGGACACGCUGGUGAUGAGGAAAGAAGAGAGAGAGCCACCAACCUGUGAGUUCAAUAGCCUCGACAGACCCUCUCCCCAAAUCACAGCGUCACCGCUCUCCACUUUCUACCGCAGCAGACCCGAGGCCAGCCCCAUCAUUCCCGAGACACAGGUGCUUCAUGAGCAGACAGCCAUUCCUGGAAGUGAUUUACGUUUAAUAUACUUAAGUUCACGUGCAUCGGCCUACAAACCCGUUCUGAAGGUCAUCAUGACCCAGUCCAGCGUGCCCUUCGGCUUGGCAAAGGUCCACCUUUUGGUGGCUGUGGAAGGUAGAAUGUUUCAGAAGCAGUUCCCGUCUUCACCACGGCUGUCCUACAGCUUUAUCUGGGACAAGACGGAUGCUUACAACCAGAGAGUAUAUGGACUAUCAGAGGCUGUAGUGUCCGUCGGCUUUGAGUAUGAAUCGUGUCUAAAUGUGAUCCUAUGGGAAAAGAGGACUGUCAUCCUGCAGGGAUACGAGCUGGAUGCCUCCAACCUAGGCAGCUGGACCCUGGAAAAGCAUCACAUUUUGGAUGUGUGGAACGGUAUUCUGUAUAAAGGAGAUGGAGAGAAUGUGUUCCUUUCCCAGCUUCCUCCCGUCAUCAGUACCAUUAUGGGCAAUGGCAGACGCAGGAGCAUCUCCUGCCCGAGCUGUAAUGGCCAGGCAGAGGGCAACAAACUGCUGGCUCCCGUGGCUCUCGCAUGGGGCAUUGACGGCAGCCUGUACGUCGGCGACUUCAAUUACAUUAGACGCAUCUAUCCAUCAGGCAAUGUGAGCAGUGUCAUGGAGCUCAGAAAUAAGGAUUUCAGGCAUAGCAACAACCCCGCUCACCGGUAUUAUCUGGCCACGGAUCCAGUGACGGGGCAGCUGUACGUGUCGGACACCAACUCCAGACGCAUCUACAGCCCGCGGGCGCUCUCGGGUACGUCAGCGCCCCAGCAGAACGUAGAGGUGGUGGCAGGAACGGGAGAUCACUGUCUGCCUUUUGAUGAAGCGCAGUGCGGCGAUGGAGGACCGGCCACGGAGGCACUUCUCACGGGACCCAAAGGGAUCGGCAUUGACAGGAACGGGCUGAUCUACUUCGUGGACGGGACUGUGAUCCGGAAGGUGGAUCAGAACGGCAUUAUCUCGACCCUGCUGGGGUCCAAUGACCUUGCGUCUGCUCGUCCCCUGAGCUGUGACUCAGUUAUGGACAUUCAUCAGGUGUCUUUAGAAUGGCCGACGGAUUUGACUGUUAGUCCGAUGGAUAACUCUCUCUUCGUGCUUGAUGGCAGUGUGGUUUUGCGGAUCACCGAAGAGGGGCAGGUCAGCGUGGCAGCAGGCAGACCCCUGCACUGCCCCAUGCCUUCUACAGACAUCUCAGUGACAGAAACACAGAGAGCCACGCAUACCCAUCUGGAAUCCCCCAGCGCCAUCGCUGUCUCCUUCAGUGGAGUCCUGCACAUCGUGGAGACAGAUGAGAGGAAGAUGAGUCGCAUACGCAGAGUGGCACCAGAUGGCGAGAUCACUCACCUGGCUGGAGCGCCUUCAGACUGCGACUGCAAGACGGACGUCAACUGCGAUUGUUACCUAACGGGAGACGGCUUCGCUAAAGAUGCUCGGCUCAACGGGCCGUCCUCUCUCGUUGCUGCUCCGGAUGGAACUCUGUACAUAGCCGACCUGGGAAACAUACGGAUACGCAUGAUUGGAAAAAACAGGCCGACGCUUAACAGCAUGGGCUUGUAUGAGGUGGCUUCGUCCGCGGAGCAGGAGUUGUACAUGUUUGAUGUCAACGGAACGCAUCAGCAUACAGUCAAUCUGAUCACUGGAGACUACAAGUAUAACUUUAGCUAUAGCAAUGAGGGAGAUCUGACCUCAGUAUCUGACAGUUAUGGAAACACUCUGCGAAUUCGCAGGGACACCAGCCGACUUCCCGUCCGCAUCGUUGCACCUGACAACCAGGUUAUAUGGCUAACUGUAGGCUCGAGCGGUGGGCUGAAGACCCUGGGCACACAGGGGCGUGAACAUGUGCUGCUCACUUACCAUGGCAACAGCGGUCUCUUGGCAACCAAGAGUGCUGCCAAUGGAUGGACAACAUUCUAUGACUAUGACUCAGAAGGGCGACUGACCAAUGUAACUUUUCCUACUGGAGUGGUGACCAGCCUGGCAUAUGACAUGGAGACUGUCUCUAAAGUAGAGCGCGAAAGUUUUGAGCGAGAUGAAGCUGCAACUAUGACUUCAAACCAAUCAGCCAUCCAAAGUGUGCUCACGUUACAACAAGACCAGCUGAAGAACAAAUAUGUGUUGGGUUAUGACCAUUCAUUCUGGAUCCUAUAUGCAAAUGGGAUGAGCACACACUUCCAGACAGAGCCACACAUUCUGUCAGGUGCCUCCUCACCGACACUGGCCUGCAGGAACAUGACUCUACCUGACGACAGCGGACAGAACCUGGUGGAAUGGCGUUUUCGCAAAGAGCAGACGCGAACGAAGGUCACAGUGUUUGGACGCAAGUUACGAGUAAAUGGACGGAACAUUUUGUCUGUUGAUUAUGACCGAGCGCUGAGGAUUGAAAAGAUCUACGAUGAUCACCGUAAAUUUCUUUUGAAGAUUGGUUAUGACAUGGCAGGUCAGCCCAGUCUCUGGAUGCCAAGUAGCAAGUUGCUGCCUGUCAACCUCACACGCAAUAGCAAUGGGCAGUUGAGUGCCAUUCACUGGGGUUCGGUCUCAGAGAGGGUUGAGUAUGAUGGACAAGGUCGACUGCUGUCUAGAACAUUCCCUGAUGGGAAGACCUGGAGCUACACUUAUCUGGAGAAGUCCACAGUGCUAAUAAUGGCGAGUCAGCGGCAGUACGUCUUUGAAUAUGACCCUCAGGGAGGCCUCUCUGCAGUCACCAUGCCCAGUGUGGCCCGUUACACUAUGGAGACCAUCCGCUCAGUGUCUUACUUUCGUAACCUUUACCGUAUGCCUGAAAGCAAUGCCUCUGUCGCUGUGGACUACAGUGAAGAUGGGAGGCUCCUCAGAGUGGCACAACUGGGCACGGGUCGCAGAGUUAUUUACCGCUACCGCUGGCACAACAAACUGUCAGAGGUUCUGUACGACAGCACCCGUGUUACCUUCACCUACGAUGAGACCGCAGGUGUCCUGAAAACGGUCAAUCUGCAGAGCGAGGGUUUCAUUUGCACCAUUAGAUACAGGCAGCUUGGCCCACUAAUAGACCGGCAAAUCUACCGCUUUAGCGAAGAUGGGAUGGUAAACGGCCGCUUCGACUACGCUUAUGACAGCAGCCUGCGCGUGACCAGUAUUCAAGGUGUUAUCAAUGAGACUCCGCUGCCCAUUGACCUCUAUCAGUACGACGACAUCUCAGGGAAGGUGGAACAGUUCGGGAAGUUCGGCGUCAUCUAUUAUGACAUCAACCAGAUCAUCUCCACCUCGGUUAUGACGUACACAAAACACUUUGACGGACACGGCCGGAUACGAGAAAUUCAGUACGAGCUCUUCCGCGCUCUGCUGUUCUGGAUCACCAUCCAGUAUGAUGACGUGGGUCGUGUUACUAAGAGAGAGAUGAAAAUCGGCCCUUUCGCUAACGCUACGAAGUACGGCUACGAAUACGACGUGGACGGGCAGCUGCAGGCUGUGUACCUCAAUGACAAAAUGACAUGGCGCUAUGGCUAUGACUUAAAUGGGAACAUACAUCUGCGGAGUCCGGCAAACAAUGCGCGAAUCAUGCCUCUCCGUUACGACUUACGAGACCGUAUAACUCGCCUGGGUGACCUGCAGUAUGAGCUGGACGAGGAUGGGUUUCUCUGUCAGAGAGGAUCUGAGAUCUUUCGGUACAACUCUAAUGGUCACCUGGAACGGGUUUAUAGCAAGACCAGCGGUUGGAGCGUACAGUACCGUUACGAUGGUUUGGGAAGAAGAGUCUCCACGAAAUCCAGCACGGGACAGCACCUGCAGUUCUUCUAUGCUGAUUUGAGUUACCCAAGUAGAAUAACACAUGUGUAUAACCACUCGAGCUCACAUAUUACCUCUCUAUACUAUGACCUGCAGGGACACUUGUUUGCCAUGGAGAUCAGCAACGGGGCAGAGUUCUACAUAGCCUGUGAUAAUAUUGGUACCCCGUUGGCUGUCUUUGGGAGUGAUGGCAUUCUCCUCAAGCAGGUUCAUUAUACGGCUUAUGGGGAGGUGUAUUCUGACUCAAACACUGAUAUUCAGCUGGUGAUUGGGUUUCACGGUGGACUUUACGACCCUGUAACAAAACUACUUCAUUUUGGAGUACGGGACUAUGACAUCAUGUCAGGUCGCUGGACUGCACCUGAUUUCAUGCUGUGGGAGAAAAUCGGCAAGGAGCCGGGCCCGUUUAAUCUGUACAUGUUCAGAAACAACAACCCUAUAAGUAAAGUGCAGCAUGUUUGGGAAUACUUAACAGAUGUGAACAGCUGGCUGGUCACGUUUGGGUUCCAUCUCCAUAAUAGCAUUCCUGGAUUCCCAAUUCCUAAAUCUGAGAUGACCCAAGCCUCUUAUGAACUUGACAAAAGUCAAAUGUGGGAUGACCUAACAACCAGCUUUGCUGUCCAGCAGCACAUCAUCCGACAAGCUCAAGCAUUUCUAACAUUUGGAAAUCUGCCAACGCUUGAGUUUGGUCAUAGCCAAAGGGCUGACAAACCCUGGCUGUGGUUUGCCUCCAGCGAUUCACUGAUAGGUCGCGGGAUCAUGUUGGCUCUCUACAAGGGUAUUGUGAUAACUCGAGCGCUAAGCCUGGCCAACGAGGACUGCGUCAAGGUUGCCAACAUCCUCAACGGAGCCCUUUAUUUAAAAGACUUGCACUUUAUUAUUGACAGCAGAGACACGCACUACUUUGUGAAAAUGACUUCUCCUGAAGCAGACCUGGCAGCUCUACGGCUCACCAGCGGACGGAAAGAGCUGGAGAACUCUGUGAACGUAACGGUGUCACAGUCCACAGCUGUGCUGGGCGGCCGCACCCGCCGCUUCGCAGAUGUGGAGUUCCAGCGGGGGGCUCUCACCCUUCACGUGCGCUACGGUGCUUCCCUUGAUGAGGAACGCGUGCGUGUUUUAGAGUUGGCCAGACAGAGAGCUCUGGCUAACUCAUGGAUGCAUGAGCAGCAGCGGGUACGAAACGGAGAGGAGGCAUCUCGACUGUGGACGGAGGGAGAGAAGAGGCAGCUUCUCAGCAGUGGACGGGUGCAGGGCUAUGAUGGAUACUACGUGCUUUCAGUAGAGCAGUAUCCUGAGCUAGCGGACAGCGUCACCAACAUUCAGUUCCUCAGACAAAAUGAGAUCGGCAAAAGGUAGUGAACAGACCAAUCACUCUCCACUGCGGUUUUUAAAUAAAAGAACAAGUUAAUUGGGGGACAUGCUGUGGUUUGACAUAUGUGUGACAUUUUCAGAGAGUUUGUGAAACUACUCUUGGUCUAACAGCGUAGGGAAAAAUGACCAUUAAAGCAACGCUGUGCGUUGUGAAACAUCAUUGUGUUUUCUCAAAGGCCUUAACAAGGCUACUGUUGCGGAGCACAAUGAAAUUAUGAACUUAAGAGUCAAGACACAAGCCUGAUUCAUAAAAAUAUUCAUUUCUUUAUUUAACUAUUUAUUAAUUGUUCAAUUUUACAAGCACUAUUCAAACAUUUCCCUAUAGAGAUAUAAUGUCGUACCCUUUGAAAACGGAAAAUGUUUACAUCUGCAUAUUACUGUACCACUGCAAAAACACCACACAUGAUGUCAGGUGGUCUACUGUAGCCAGCUAUAAACUUUACACUGUAAUAUUUUUAUAUUUAUUCAGAUUUGUCUUAUUUUGUGUGUACGUUUCAUGAGAUUCAUAAUAGGAAAAAGUCUGUUGGCAAUCAUGUACUUUGCAACGAAACCUCCCUUAAAAUAUGACUUUACAAACGUCUUUGUGCUAUUUAUUAUUUUGUUUGACCUGUUUUACUUUCAAGUCACAAACAACAUCGUUUAAAGUGACAGAAAAAGUUUGAUUUGUAGCCAUUUUUGGUGCAUCGUAAGGUAACAGAAUAAACUGGACAAACAAUGAAUAAAAUGGCAGCACAGCACAAAAAAUAUGUAAAUGUCUGUACUUAUGUAAAUGAGUGUUUACCUGUAUAUUUUUAAAAUGAAAAGCAAAUAUUUGCUUUUUUGGUUACAGGUCCCGAUGAAAAUAUUUAUGAAAAUUGUUUGUACUUAAAAAGAAAUAAACGAUAAAAUGACUUA